AUGACCAACAUCUUUCCACCCCCUCCCUCAACUCAGGGCUACAGCCUUCGAAAGGCCAAUGAAAAUGAUCUUGAUGACAUCACAAAAAUCCACAUCGAAGGAUUCGUGGAAGAACCAAUGGAUAACUACUGCUAUCCAUAUCGGUUUGAUCACACCGAGGACCAUUUUAGGUGGAUGAAGGAAGAGUACCAGUACUACUUGGACAAUCCGGAGAAAUUUGCGUUGCACGUGGCUGAAGCGCCUGAACAACCCGGAGGAGCUGAAGGGGCGCGACCUAAGCCUAUGGCUAUAGCUGUCUGGAACACUAACGUGUUGGCCAAAGCUCCCCCGUUAAAUCGUGGCCUGGACCAGCGGAAGGAUGCCAAUAAGAAGCAUGUUGAAGCGUACGCGAAAGUAUCUGGCAAGAGAUAUCAGCCUCAUGGGUUCUUUUACGAGUGGACUGAGAAGCAGAUCACCCUCUCUGUCCUUACAGUUCUCCCAAAAUUCCGACGCCAAGGAGUUGGUACCAUGAUGACGAGGUGGGGGAUCGAUGCGGUUAAAGAAAAACGUUGGCCCGUGACUGUAUGCGCAAGUCCAAUGGGACGACUACUUUAUGCGCAUCUCAAAUUUGAAGUUAUAGGCAUUGAGGUUAUCCAGGCGGAGGACGAAGAAGAAUCAUUCUCAAGCACAGUCAUGGUGUUGUUUUCGGAGGUCUGA